AGAGAGGAUUAGAAUUACAGUCCAGGAGACAGAGCUAUAACAUUCCCAGAGUGGCCUGUCCUUUUCACUCAUAUCCUUGCUCAGUCAUCUUUUGUGGAUAAAAGGACUCUCAGACUCAUAAAAGUGGAAUAUUGAGGGAUUGGGUAGUAGGCUGGUAUAAGAGUAAAGAAAUGCUGACAUGCUGAUUUGGGAACUGGCAGGUCCUCUCCACCCCCAGCCUGGACUGCUGAUCUGUCUCUGUGGGGGAAGUAUGACAGCCUAAGCCCAUGGAGACUCACAUGAUCCAAAGGGAGGUGAUCCUGGGUCACUCAGUGGAGAGACUUCAUCACCCUCAUUAUGAUCAAUUUACCAGCCCCAAUCUAAGUCCCUCCCUGGCUCCUGCUUCCUCCCUCCCACAGAAUAAAACCAUAGGACCAUAGAAUUCCUGAAGCCAUCUGCAGGUUGCCUACCCUAGGCUCAAGGGGCCGCUGAUGGGACUGUCCAGAAUGGAGACAACGGUACUGUUAGCCCUCUUCCUGCAAGGGGCCCUGAGCCUCUCACUGUCAGACAAUUCAGUCCCCACUUUGCGCUUUGUGGCUGUGGGGGACUGGGGAGGGGUUCCUAAUGCCCCAUUCUACACAGCCCGAGAGAUGGCAAAUGCAAAGGAAAUUGGAAGGACUGUGGAAACCCUGGGAGCCAACUUCAUCCUAUCCCUUGGAGACAACUUCUACUUCACUGGAGUUCAGGACGCUGAGGAUAAAAGAUUCCAGGAAACCUUUGAGGAAGUGUUCACAGCCCCAUCCCUUCAAAACAUUCCCUGGUAUGUACUAGCUGGAAACCACGACCACCUGGGGAAUGUUUCAGCUCAGAUUGCUUAUUCUAAAGUCUCCAAGCGCUGGAAUUUCCCCAGCCCUUAUUACCGUCUCAGAUUCAAAAUCCCCAAAACCAAUGUAAGUGUGGCCAUUUUUAUGCUGGACACUGUGACGCUAUGUGGGAAUUCAGAUGACUUCAUGAACCAACAGCCUGAGAAACCCAAGGAUUUGAAACUGGCACGAAGUCAGCUUUCCUGGCUAAAGAAACAGCUGACCAAUGCUAAAGAGGACUACCUACUUGUAGCUGGCCACUACCCGGUGUGGUCAAUAGCAGAGCACGGACCUACCCAUUGCCUUGUAAAGCACUUACAGCCUCUGCUGGCCAAGCACAAGGUCACAGCUUACCUAUGUGGUCAUGAUCACAACUUGCAGUAUCUCAAAGACAAGGAUGGCGUGGGUUACGUGUUGAGUGGAGCAGGAAACUUCAUGGACCCCUCCAGGAAACAUCAACGUAAAGUCCCUGAUGGUUACCUGCGUUUUUACUACGGAUCCCGGGACUCCCUAGGUGGCUUUGCCUAUGUGGAGAUUACCUCCAAGGACAUGAGCAUCACAUAUAUAGAAGCUACAGGCAAAUCUCUCUACAAGACAAGUCUGCCCCGUCGAACUGUGUCCUAGAUCCUCUCACCUUACAUUGCCCAGCACCUUUUCUCAUGUUUGGAAUGUCUUGGAGAUAGUGGGAGUUCAUUGAAUCCUUCCCUAUUCUCUUUUAACCUCUUCCCUCACAUUUCCCUAGAAAAGCUCCUUAGGGAGUCUCUGGAAAUCUAGCACUGGUAGGCUAGUCUUCCUUGGGUCUCCCUUGGAAUAUGCCAGAGGCUGAUUCAUCAAUCCUGCUCCCUGGAAGGCUGUGCUGGCAGGUAGGUGGGGUUUGGCUACUACUUAGAGAAGUAGGGAAGCCCAUUGGCUUUAUCUAGGGUAUGGGCCUAGGUUCACAAAAAACCUAAAAGAGUUUUUUGGUCCAGGAGGCCAAAGCUCAACACCAGCUGAUGUGAAUGUGCCAGUGUGGAUGAACAAGCAUUUCUAAAGAGUAGUUUUUCAUUUCUAUGUGAUUGUUAUCCCAAACCUGAUCUUUGAGAGAAAUUGGGAUAAAGAAGAGAACUUUCUUUCCAAAGAAAGAGAUUUUCUGUUGCUGCAUUUCAAUAAAAUGAUUGUUACAGAGGCUAAA